UUAAAGCCGCAACCGCCGCACAGUCCGGCAGACAGACCGAGCCGCCGAACCUUGGACCGGGACCGCGCUCAGUGCCCGCCUCAGUGCCGCCUCAGUCCGGAUGGAGCUGCGGGGUUCGCGCCGCUCCUGACCCGGCUCGGUUUGACCUAACGGAACCAUAAGUUCGGUUCGGCCGUCCUCCCCGUCCCGCAGCAGGCCGUCGUCUCCUCCGUGACUCGCAGGUCCCAUGCGAUUCUUCAGACUCACAUUCAAGUGCUUCGUGGAUUGUUUUUGAAGGUCGCGGUUCGGCUGCGGUUCGGUUCGUUUUUCUCUUCAGUUCAACAUUUUUAUUUUUAUUUGACAGAAAGAAAAAUCUAAAUUAUUUGUAAAACAUUUCGAAUUUUUGACCAUUUUUAAAUUUAAGUAAAUAAACUGAAGUCCUAAAUUAAAAGAGAGGAGAGGGUCCGGAGCAGACCGAACUGGACCGGCUCUGGUUCUGACUGGUUGGUGGGACUCUGACCUGGAGCUGGACUGGGAUUACUGGGGUGUUACUGGUUCUGACCCGGCAUCAGAGGGAAACUGAUCGAUUCGGUCUCGGUUCUAAAGCUAAAGAGCUGCAGAGUGAAAAAAAGACAACCGGACUGGUUCUGACCGGGUUCUGAUUGGGUCUGAUUGGGUUUUGCUGCUGGUUCUGAUUGGGUUCUGAGUGGUUCUGAUUGGGUUCUGAGUGGUUCUGAUUGGGUUCUGAUUGGGUUCUGAGUGGUUCUGAUUGGGUUCUGAUUGGAUUCUGAGUGGUUGUGAUUGGGUCUGAUCGGGUUUUGCAGCUGGUGCUGAGUGGUUCUGAUCGGGUUCUGACUGAUAUUCUGUUACAGAAUCUAAGUGGUUGAGGUUCUGACAGACUGGACCUUAGAACCUGUACUGGUUCCUGACUGGUUAGUUAAGUUCUGACCGAGUUCUGUCUAAGAUGGAGAAACCGGCCCGGCCCGCCUCGUCCUGCUCUGUGGUUCUGGUGGAGGAGACCAAGAGGAACCCGCUCCUCCUGUCCAGCGGCUUCGCCACCGCCAACGGGUCCCUCGCCGGCGGAGGCGUGGCCGGCGGUACCGGUCAGGAUAAAAGAGGGGGCGGGGCCAUCGGGACGGGUCCGGGGUACCAGGAGCGUGAGACUUGGACCCGGCAGAUGGACUUCAUCAUGUCCUGCGUGGGAUUCGCUGUCGGACUCGGAAACGUGUGGCGGUUCCCCUACCUGUGCUACAAGAACGGAGGAGGCGUCUUCUUGAUCCCGUAUCUGCUGAUCGUUUUCGUGGGAGGAAUCCCGAUUUUCUUCCUGGAGAUCGCCCUCGGUCAGUUCAUGAAGGCCGGCAGCAUCAACGUGUGGAACAUCGCUCCACUGUUCAAAGGUCUGGGCUACGCCUCCAUGGUCAUCGUGUUUUUCUGCAACACUUACUACAUCAUGGUUCUGACCUGGGGCUUCUACUACCUGAUCAAGUCCUUUAGCUCCGCCCUCCCCUGGUCCACCUGUGACAACGAAUGGAACACGCCCAACUGCCUGGAGACCUUCCACCACCUGCACUGCAGCAACGCCAGCCUGGCCAACGUCACCGUGGGCGGAGCCAACCUGACAUGCGCCGACCUGGCCGACGCCCGCUCGCCCAUCAUCGAGUUCUGGGAGAACAAAGUGCUGAACAUCUCGUCCGGACUGGACCAACCGGGUCGGAUCAACUGGGAGCUGAUGCUGUGUCUGAUGGCCGUCUGGGUUCUGGUUUACUUCUGCGUCUGGAAAGGAGUCAAGUCCACCGGCAAGAUCGUUUACUUCACAGCAACCUUUCCCUACGUGGUUCUCAUCAUCCUGCUGGUGCGAGGCGUCACGCUGCCUGGAGCUUACAACGGCAUCAUGUACUACAUCAAACCGGACUGGUCCAAACUGGGGGAGGCUCAGGUGUGGAUAGACGCCGGCACGCAGAUCUUCUUCUCCUACGCCAUCGGACUGGGAGCGCUGACCGCUCUAGGAAGCUACAACCGCUUCAACAACGACUGCUACAAGGACGCCUUCGUCCUGGCGCUCAUCAACAGCGGCACCAGCUUUUUUUCUGGCUUCGUGGUUUUUUCCAUCCUGGGCUUCAUGGCGGCUGAGCAGGGAGUCGACGUCUCCCAGGUGGCUGAAUCAGGUCCAGGUCUGGCCUUCAUUGCGUAUCCAAAGGCGGUCAGUCUGAUGCCGGUGGCUCCGCUCUGGGCGGCGCUCUUCUUCUUCAUGUUGCUGCUGCUUGGACUCGACAGUCAGUUUGUCGGGGUGGAGGGAUUCGUCACGGGGAUUCUGGACCUGUUUCCUGGGAAAUAUUACCACCGCUACAAACGUGAGAUCGCCGUGGCGAUCUGCUGUUUACUGUGCUUCAUCAUUGACCUCUCCAUGGUGACGCAGGGAGGAAUGUACGUCUUCCAGUUGUUUGACUAUUACUCAGCCAGUGGCAUGACGCUGCUGUGGCAGUCGUUCUGGGAAUGUAUUGUAGUUGCCUGGGUCUACGGUGCGGACCGGUUCAUGGAUGACGUGGCCCGUAUGAUCGGCUACCGGCCGUUCCCCUGGAUGAAGUGGUGCUGGUCGUUCAUCACGCCGUGCGUCUGCAUGGGCAUCUUCCUGUUCCACCUGGUUAACUACAAGCCGCUGACCUACAACACGGUGUACGUGUACCCGUGGUGGGGCGAGGUGAUCGGCUGGUGCCUGGCUCUGUCCUCCAUGCUCUGCAUCCCCGUCAGCCUCCUCUACAAGUUCUUCAGAGCCAAAGGAACCAUCAAAGAGGUCAGUCAGGAUGGAGAAGAACCAAGAAAACACGAGAACUCUUCCGUUACAGAAGAUAGCAUCUCAAACUUGCGCUGGGCCCACCUGACCAGUCCCGUGUGGGGCCCACACCACCUGGAGUACAUGGCCCCUGACAUCGGGCCCCUGAGCUCGCUGACACCCGGUUCUGAUGACAACAAGGUCAUCAUCUUUGAGAGCGUCAUGUAGACCGGACCUGCCCACCCCUCCCAAGACAAGAUGGCCGACCUCCACCCUCACCUCCCACCGCUUUCUGCGCAGGGCAUCAUGAAUGAGCUGGACUCUGAUUGGUCCCCACAGCAACCAAAGCUUUUUCCAGGUUCCCUUGGGACUUCUGGUUCUGUUGGGUUCUGGUGCUCCUGAUUUAGGAUGAAAGGCGGAUCAUGACGAUCCCAAACAACUCGUCUUCCAGUGAAGGCCACAGGGUCAGUUUAGUCUUGGGUCGGAUAGACGGUCACCACAAACCUGAACCAGACAAACAGCCAUGAUGGACUCACUGUCAGCCAGAACUUUCAGCCGACAGAGUUUGGAUCGUUGCUGUUUGUCAGGACAGACAGAGUUCUAGACAGAAGCACCGACUGGUUCCCUUCAGGUUCUGUGAUCAGAUUUCCAGCCAUCUGUUCUCAUCCGAGUGCCAAAAGGUUCUGAUGUCAGAACUGGGCUGCUGCCAGCGACCCGGUUCCUCUGCCUCGUCAACGCUGCGGUCCAGUUGGUUCUGCCCAUCUUCGUUGGGUUUCAUCCCGCUUCCUCUCUUUCUCCUCUUGUUAGCAGAAGAUUAAAAUGCUUUACUGGUUCUGUCCAUAAACCCAUCAGAAUUGGUAACCGGGUCAGAAGGAGAGUCGUUUUGAUCCGAAUGUUGUCCGGAAACCUGAAGAGAGCCGGCGGACUGACGGCGUUACCGAGCGUUGCCUUAUGUUGUUGUCUCACCUUUAGAGUUCAAACGGUUGACCUGUGACCUCUUGUCUGCUGUCGGUGGGCGUGUCUAAGACUCUGUCUCCUAGCAAACAGUUAGCAUCCCGCCGCUGCCGGGAAACGAGCAUCCAAAUGUGGGAAAACCAGAUCCGUUUGCACGUUGUUGUGAAAUAAUGAAAAAAAUCAGUUUUUGUUUUUGUAAAAUAAACAGAAGUUUAUUUUUUGGAGGCUUUUAUUUUGAUGAAGAAAUCUCUAUAUUGAAUCUUUGAGCUAUAUCUGAUGCAGUACUCACUAUGAUGAUUUUUGGCUGAUUGUUCACGUUCGGUCGGCGAACACGAUCCACCGCUUCAGUCCUACCUCACUUCUCUUUCAGACUUUCAAAAUAAAACACAUGAGGGUUUGUUUUUUUUUAGCCGAUGUUUGCGGUCUGUGGGAGUCGGAAGAAUCAGAACCCGCUGCUGGUUCUGAUUCUUCAGCGGGUCGUAAAUCCCAAACAGGAAACAGGAAACCCAUAUGGUGCUGCGGCGGCUGACGUGAACAAGCAGCAAAGGCCGGUGCUUUUAUUGUGGCAGGUUUGCUGCGAUGCAGUGAUUUAUGAAAGGGAAACCUGUCCUUUAUUUUAACGUUCAAAGUGCUAAAGCGUUUCCAUAGUUUUAGCUUCAGGUGACCUUCUGUGUUUUUCCCUCAGACGUCCCGCGGCUCACAUCACUUCAUCUGCUUGACGUCGGCUCCGUUUUCAGUUUGACCAUGAAAUGAAUCUUCAGUCCUGCUGUUCUGCUAACCUGAAACCUGAAUGUUACCAGAAAAAAGUCCGAAACAUUCAGCAUCAAACUGAGCAGAUUUCAGCGACAGGUUGAUUUAGGCUAAAAACUUUAUCAAACAAUUAUAAAAGCUGAUCAACUACAACAAGGAGAUGUUUGGUUCCCAAUCAUGCAAACUUUCUCAUUAUUUAAAUCUGAGAUCAGUUUGAUCAAUUCAAUUUCAUACUCUGUCUUUUUCAGGUCAACAUGUUCUUCCAAGCAAAAUCACAAGGAAAAUAAUAAAAAGGUACAUUUUUAUGGCCAGUCACGGUCAUCUUGGAGUUUCCUGAUGGAGCAAACAAAAACCUGAUUAGUAAUUUAGGAUCAAAAUUUGAAUUUGAACUUUCUUUGCUAUCAUAGAAAAGAGUAAAUCAUCUGCAUAGAAAUGUAGAAAACUGAGCUUAGAACGGACAAUUUAAUGUUGCUUCAACCUACAGAGAAUACCCAGAUAUAUAUCAUCCAGAUUAAACCUGGAGAAAUUAACUGAAAAAAUAACUAUACGUAAAGAUGCAUCAGCUACUUUUAAGCACUGAAGAAAAAUGAACAAUGCUCAAGUUAUUAGUUUCAGUUGGAUGUAUUAAAAUAUCUGAGAUAUUGGCUCAAUGUACAUGACAUUAAAACCCAGAUGAGAAGAUCCUUCUUUGCAUUAAUUGGACUAAUCUGCAGCUGUGCUUUUAACUCAUCAUUUUGUGAAAAACGUUGUACGUUUAAAGCUGAAUAUGUUUAAUUUCUUCAGUCUGUGUGGGUCUGGAUUGGAGCCUGGAGGAAAAACUUCUUAAAUCUGCAGCCAUGUUUAAAUGUUAUUUUUCAUCUGCCAAAAACCUGCUGACCGAAUCUGAACCGAGACCCGGAGCGGAGCAAUCACAUUUUCACUCCACAAAUUUAACCAGAUUCUUCUAAAUUAGUUUUUUUAUGGAUCUGUGUCAAAAUUUAAACGCCUGGUCUGAAGAACCGGUCGGUCCCAAACCAAGGAACUGGAUCCAGUCGGAGCUGAAACUCUGAUCCAGGACAGGGAUGUGGGAAAAAGCAGCCAGAGCUGAACAGAAAACAGAUUUAUUAUCUGGUGUCAAAGAUUAAUUUCAGAUGACCCGAAUGAGACAAAAAGAAAUUUGGUCCAAAAUCAAAGGGAGCCAAAUGGGUUCAGUCCGGUCGGUCCGGUCCGGUUUCAUCUCAGAUUCUGUCAGUAAACUUCAGUUUGCCAAGUUGUUGAGGGGAGCGUCGGCUUUCCAGAAACUUCCCUGCUGUUCUCUGAGCAGAUAAAAUUUGUAUUUUGAUUUUCUGUCAGAAAGAAAUGUUUAAAAUGGGACUGAAAAAAACUAGCGAAGGUUGGAAACAUAAUAGAAAGAGAGGAUGUUUGAUUUCUUUAACACAACGCGAAAAAGCCCAAAAGUGCGGCAGAAUAAUCAAAGCUGGC